GGGGCCCGCGGCCGAGCAACCAGCCUCGGCCCUCCGCCAGCUCGGCCCGGCCGUUGGAAGCGCCGAGGGGCCUAGGGCCGGGCGGCGGCCAUGGCCGGUACCAUGGUGGCGGUUGGCCUGACCAUCGCAGCAGCUGGAUUUGCAGGUCGUUAUGCACUAAAAGCUAUGAAGCAAAUGGAGCCCCAAGUAAAACAAGCACUUCAGAAUCUACCAAAACCUGACUUCCGUGGUUAUUACAGAGGUGGAUUUGAACCCAAAAUGACUAAACGAGAAGCAGCUUUAAUACUAGGAGUGAGCCCUACAGCAAACAGAAGUAAAAUUAGAGAAGCUCAUAGACGCAUCAUGCUUCUAAAUCAUCCAGAUAAAGGUGGUUCACCAUAUGUAGCAGCCAAAAUCAAUGAAGCUAAAGAUUUACUGGAAGACCAAGCUAAAAAAUGAAUUGGAGAUUAAAGUCAUAGGGUUUGUUUGUUCAAGUGAUUUUUUUUUUCUUUUAUAAACAGCUUAAGGCAAGUUCUGAUGUCAGUCUUUGACUUGACACAAAUGAGGCUUGAAAAAUGAAUGUGGGGAGGUAUUUCCCUCCCUGAUCAAUUCUUAGUUGCUUUUUGGGAAACGUCUGAGGGAGUGAGGCUUAAAGGUUUUCCAAAGCUGUUCAUUAGUAUGUGGUAGAAGCUGCCACUGAUGUGGUUUGGCCAAAAUUUCUUGCAUGUUACUGGAUGCUGACAUGCCAUUACCUAAUUUUUGUUAAUCUAGUUAUGUUUAAAAUUCAUGCUGCUGUUCUUUCAUAUGCCAAAGUUAGCAUGAUGAAAACAGUCUAGGGAGAGGGUGGAAAAAAACAGGAGGAAUUAUUUGACAGGAAGAUACAGGACAGAUACGUGGUUGUUUCUAAUUGAAGAAAUAAAGUUGAAGAAACUGAAUGUACUCAGUUGUUUUGCCUUGUGAAAAACAAGGUUGGUUCAGCUCUUAAGUGUUACUGAUGGAUCUGGAAGAUCCCAGAUUUUUUGUUAGUUUCCAAUUUUUAAUGGAUUUUAUGGCAAUAAAUUACAAAUCUGUAACAAGUA